AUGUCAGUUCUGCCGCCCAAUUACAACCUCGAGGUUCCCAAAACCGUUUGGCGCGUGCGACAAGCGAAAGCGCGCUGCGUCGCGCUGCAGCUUCCCGAGGGCCUCCAGAUGUUCGCAACAACCCUGUGUGACAUUAUCGAGCGGUUCGGCGGCGCGGAGAGCUGCGUAAUUCUAGGCGACGUGACGUACGGCGCGUGCUGCAUCGACGACGUUACCGCAGCUGCUCUUGGCGCGGAUUUUCUGGUGCAUUACGGGCAUAGCUGCCUGGUUCCGUUGGAUCAUACGGCCAUUCCGUGCCUCUACGUGUUCGUCGAUAUUACCAUCGACGUGCCGCAUUUUAUCGACACCUUGAAGCUCAAUUUCCCGCCAACUGACCACCUCGUACUCGCUGGCACAAUCCAGUUCACAGCAGCAGUCCACGCAGCCAAAUCGGCCCUGUCAGGCCACUUCAAAGCCAUCACGGUGCCUCAGGCCAAGCCCCUAUCCGGGGGAGAAGUGCUCGGCUGCACUGCUCCAUCCCUCUCUCCCUCGUUCGAGAGAACAGCAACAACGGGCGCAGGAGCAGCAGCAGCAGCAGCAGCAGCAGCAGCAGGGGUAGCAGCGGCGGGAGCAGAAGCAGGAGGAGCAGCAGCAGGGGCAGGAGCAGGAGAAGAAUCAGCAACAGGAGGAACAGGGGUAGCCGGGGCAGAAGCAUCUGGAUCCGGGCCAGAUGCACUCGUGUUUGUCUCAGACGGUCGAUUUCACCUCGAAGCAAUGAUGAUCGCAAACCCCACCCUCUCAGCAUUCCGCUACGACCCAUACGCCCGCUCCCUCACUCGGGAGCGUUACGAUCAUUCAGGCAUGCGAUCUGCGCGGCGACUGGCGGUGACACGGGCGAGCAGGGUGCGGGGGAAGCGGUGGGGUGUUGUGCAGGGUACACUCGGGCACCAGGGUAACCCUCGCACUGUAGACCACUGCGUGAGGAGGAUCCGCGCUGUGGGCGGCACGCCAGUGGUGUUUCUUGUCUCGGAGCUGACUCCGGAAAAGGUAGCUGCUGUAGGGAUGGGGUCUGGCGGGUUGAUUGGGUUGAGUGAAACAGAAGCCGCUGGUGACGUGGCAGGAGCUGGUGCUGAUGACGUGGACAGGGCCCUCAGUGAGCUGUCAGUAGGAGGCACGAAGCAGGACAGCAUAACAAGCAAGGAGAGUGGGAGAGGCGCGGGCAUUGAUGCAUGGGUGCAGGUGGCAUGUCCAAGACUGUCUAUAGACUGGGGGGAGGCCUUUACUGCUCCCAUGCUCACUCCCUAUGAACUAGAGGUUGCACUCGGGUUCGCUCCCCCCUGGUGGGGCAACUGCUUCUGUGACAGUGUCAGUGACUCUAACAUGCAAGGGGAUUGUAAUGAAGGUGAUUGUAUUGAGCGUGGUUCUGGGAGUAGCGCUACAGGAGAUGGAACUGGGUUGCAAGGGGAGCGGCUGGAACGGUGCAAGCAGUGUGGAGCUUGUAAAGGGGAUAAAAAAGAGAGGGUGUACCCCAUGGAUCACUAUGCCAGGGAUGGCGGCCCUUGGAACGCUUCCUACAUGCCUAAAAGAGCUGCAAGGUGA